AUGUACGACUAUUUAAGUACAGACGAAGCUGUUCCAGAAUACAGGACAUCGAAUCAAUUAUCCACUGAAAGAAUUUAUCAAAACUCCCUGUGUCACUACCCAUUACUAUUACCAACCAUGGGUCUUCGUCGCUCUACCAAUGAUUCAAUCUCAUCAGAUAUAUCAGUACGUUCCAUCGAUGAUGUAGAUCAUUUGAAAAACAAUGAUAAACAGACGGUUACGAGGAUUGAUUCAGAUCUUUCUAUUGAGGCUGACCAGUUGAAAAAGAACCCCUUUUUGGAUCCCCAAGUGGAGGAAUAUUAUCGAGACAUUUACACAAGCUCAAAAUAUGAGAGUUAUUCUGCGUUUGAUCCUAACUUUGAAUGGACGGCGGAAGAAGAAAAGAAAGUCAUUUGGAAGUUGAACUGGAGAGUUGCCUUCACAGCCUGUCUCUUAUUUGUUGGUUUGCAAGUUGACAGAGGAAAUUUACAACAAGCUGUAUCAGACAACUUUUUAGAUAACUUGGGGUUGAACACCAAUGACUACAACACGGGAAAUACUAUUUUUGUUGUUAGUUUCUUGCUUGCUGAGGUUCCUUCGCAAAUGAUUUCCAAGGCUUUAGGGCCAGAUAUAUUUAUUCCAUUUCAAAUUUGUGCUUGGAGUAUAGUUGCAAUGUCGCAGGCGGCAUUGAAGGGGAAAGCAGGGUUUUAUAUUACUAGAUGCUUGAUUGGAGUAUUAGAAGGUGGGUUUAUUGCAGAUUUGGUGUUGUGGUUGAGUUAUUUUUUUACUAGUAAAGAAUUGCCCAUUAGGUUAUCUUGGUUCUGGACUACUUUAUCUUUGGUCCAGAUUGCUACUUCAUUGAUGGCAUUUGGUAUUUUGAGGUUAAAUACUUGGGGAUGGCACGGUUGGCAGUUUUUAUUCUUGAUCGAGGGAGGUUUUACUCUAACUAUUGGAAUUUUAUCGUGGUUUUUGAUGGUACCAAGUGCUGUGCAAACGAAAACAAAGUGGAAUCCAAAGGGAUGGUUCACUGACAGGGAGGAGAAAAUUGUCGUCAACCGUAUCCUUCGUGAUGAUCCAACUAAAGGAUCAAUGAAUAAUCGUCAAGCUAUCAGUCCAAAGAAUUUAUGGAAAUGCCUCAUUGAUUACGACAUGUGGCCUCUUUACGCCAUUGGUAUUGUUGCGUAUAUUGGACAACAAACAUUGAGUACAUACUUCACCUUGACAAACAGACAAUUGGGAUUCUCCGUUUUCAAUACAAAUUUGUUGACUAUACCCGCAACAGUAAUCCACAUCAUUCUUUUGUUGUUUAUAUCCUGGUUCUCGGAGAGGGUCAACGAGAGGUCUUUCGUUUGUUUGAUUGCGCCACUUUUUGCUACUCCAUUUAUUGGGGCUAUUAGGUUUUGGCCCGGGUCAGGUAAAGAAAUUUGGUCUACUUGGGUACUCAACACAUUGUAUUUAGGUCAGCCUUAUAUCCAUGCCAUUGUUGUUGCAUGGGUGUCAAGGAACUCGAACUCGGUCAGAAAUAGAUCAAUUUGUUCGGCGUUGUACAAUAUGUUUGUUCAGUUGGGCGGUAUUAUCGGCAACAACAUUUACCGAGAAGAUGAUAAACCUUUGUAUAAAAGAGGUAAUAUGCAGUUGUUUGCCAUUACAUUGACACUUAUCCCGGUCUUAUUGUUGGUUAAGGCUUACUAUGUCUGGAGGAACAAAAGCCGAGACAAGAUUUGGAGUACUAUGACUGAGGAGGAGCAACAAACCUAUAGAGAAACUACAAAAGAUGAAGCUAACAAACGGUUAGAUUUCAGAUUCGAACAUUAA